AUGUCUACUGAAAAAGCAGAGUUCAGUUCCCAUGGAGGCAUCGAUUUCGAAGCCAUUCCAGGUAACGUCCAUCUAGUGGACAUAGAAAAGAAAAAGAGUAAGGAAAAUGGGAAGAUUGUGUUGGUUCCCACGCCAUCUGAUGAUCCCGAUGACCCAUUGAACUGGGAAUUGAAGAGGAAAUUGCUGGCGUUGUCGUGCUGUUUGGUGUACACUUUAGGGGUUGGUGUUCCAAGUGCUGCGAUCUAUUCUGUUUUAAACGAUGUCUCUUUGAAGACUGGUAUUUCAUUGAGUCAAUUGAACAAUGCCACUGGUUAUUUGUUUUUGUUUUAUGGUAUUGGUUGUUUUGCUUUCCAACCUUUGGCCUUGCAGUACGGGAAAAGACCGGUUUAUGUGUUUUCUAUGCUUGCAACAGCCUUGGUCUGUGUUUGGCCUCCAUACACAAAGACUAAGGGUGAAUGGAUUGGGUCUAAGGUGGUUCAAGGGUUCUUUGGAUCAGCUAUUGAAUCAUUGCCCGAAAUUACAGUUAGUGACUUGUUUUUUGAGCACCAGAGAUCCACUGGUUUGGCUACUUAUGGUGUAACUCUUUUGUUCGCAAGUUACAUUGCCCCAUGCAUUGCUGGUUUCAUCUCAGAUGGCCAAUCUUGGGAAUGGGUGAUGUGGUGGUGUGCAAUCUUUGCUGCUGUGUGCGCUGUGUUUUUGUUCUUCUUUAUGGAGGAAACUAACUACAACCGUAAGUUGAAAAUCGAUUCAAAGACCGGUCAACCAAUUACGAUGUCCCAUGGCGAUGGUACAGUGGUUUCCAAUGUCUUUUCCCAUAUUAAUAAGGAUAACAACAUUGAUGAUUUAUUAGACGACAAGGCUGGAAACAAGGUCGCUGUGGAUGAAACGGACUCCGAGAGUCAGGGCAACGAAGCCGCUGAUGAGGCUGGGUUACACAAUGUUCUCAGUGCAGAAAACUCGAAUAUCUUAAACCAAUUGAGCCAAGUCGAAGUGGUAGACGCUUCGACUGUGGUACAAAGGAAAUCCACAAAGACCUUUAUUUCCAAGUUAUCGAUGACCAGCGGUCAGAAGGACAAAUUCCUUCUCCAUCAUUACUUCUUGGCACCAUUCCUUUUGUUCCGUUUGCCUGGUGUUGUAUGGGCUGGCUUUUUCUACGGUCAAUCUUUGAUUUGGUUCAACGUCUUGAAUGCUACUGAAAACUUGAUUCUAGCUGCCCCACCAUACAACUUCUCAAGCACCCAGUGUGGUCUCGCUUACAUUUCGCCAAUGUUGUUCUCUUUCAUCAUCUAUUUCUUGGUUGGAAAUUUUUCGGAUUGGCUAAAGGUCCGCAUUGCAAGAUAUCGUGGUGGUCUAAGUCUUCCGGAAGACAGACUCUACACUAUUAUUUUGUACUGCAUUUUCGGAGUCUUCGCCUGUAUCCUAUGGGGUGUAGGAGCCUACUAUAAAGUCCACUGGUUCGGUUUGGUCUUUGGUCUAGGUCUGCUAGGAGGAUGCUCGAUGUUUGGUAUCACCAUCUCAACCACAUACGUAAUUGACUGUUACAAGGAGCUCGACACAGAGGCCAUGGUCGUUGUCAUCAUUAUAAGAAACUGCAUGUCUUUUGCCGUUUCAUUCGGUAUUACAAAAUGGAUUGAAAACUUAGGGUUGAAACACGCAUUCAUCAGCGUUGCCUUCAUCCUAUUGGCUUGUAACCUAACCUUCGUAUUCAUGGUCAUCUACGGACCUAGAAUGAGAAACAACUCUAAACACUUUUACUGGUCCCUUGUUCAAAAAUACAGAGAACUAGGCAUGCAUUAA